UAUGUAUGCAGAGAAUAUUCAAGAACAAAAUCAAGCUGCUUCAACUUAUAAACAAGAAGUAGUAUAAUGGUAAAUUUGGUUUUAAUAUAUUUAUAGGUUGUUCUCAUUAGAAUAUUCUGAAUUGUAUAAACUAUUUCAGAUAAAAGGAUAAAUAAAAACAUUCCCAAUAAUUAAAAUGUAUAUACAUGAUAAGCAAUUUCAACCUUCGAACUAUGCACUUCUUCAAUAGUUAAUAUUAAUUAAAUAUUAUUAGAACUACAAUUAAAUUAGAGUGUAAAAUUGAUGAUUAGUUUAUAAUGAAGACACGAAUCCUUCACAAAAAAACAGAUGUACAUUUUAUUAUUAAAGAGUAUAGGAAUUGUAUGAUAAGUUGAUAAUUUUUGAUGAUGAAAGUUUUCUUGAUACAAUUAUAGUAAAUGAACCUUAUUUAGAAAAUUUAAAUAGCUUUCUUGAAUUAUUAGAUGAACUUUCUGAUAAAUAUUUUCUCAGUACUUCUGCAAAAACAAAUUUAGAGAAAGCAGAAGAUCCAGUUUGGUUUCAUUAAAAUAGUUUUCAUAGUUGUUCAGCCUGGAUAAUAAAGGAAUUCGAAAAAAAUAUUAAUUUUUAUUACAAUACCUAAAGAGACAAAAAGAAAAAAUAUCGUUUCUAAAAUUAGAUAAUGAAUAAAAAUAACAUAAAAGAUAUAUAAGAAUAUUUUGAAAAAAAUUUAGCUAAUAAUAAAGAGAAAGUAAAGACUUGAUCAAUUUUAUUAGUUAUACUGUUAUUUUGAAUAAAUAUAAGCAGAUAUUAAAGAACAUCCAUAAAACUUAGAAAAUAUUUUUUAUAAUAAUAUAUUUUCAGGUACAACUAUUAAAUUAAUAAAACCAUAAAUUGAAUUGUCACUAAAUUUUUUAUAAAAAUGUCACUAUGAUCCUAAAAUUAUAAAAUCUAUGUUAAUUUCUUAGAUGUCAGAUUUAUUAGAUUAAAAAACAUAUUUCCUAAAGAAAUUUUAUUAAAUUGUGGUUUAAUUAUUUUAAGAACAUUUAGAGAAUGAAUUAUUUAGUUGUGAAAAAUAAAUUAAAAAGAAAAAAGAUAAGAAAAAGCCUAAAAAAAAAAAGUCAGAAAAAACUGAAUAUAAGAAGUCUCUUGAUCCUAUUGAAUUAAAUCAACGUCUCUCAAGAAAGAAUUUAUAAGACUCAAAUAUACUUAGAUUUUAAAGAUCAUAUUCAUAAAAUAAUUUUGCCUAUUCUUAUGUGACUCCACCAAAUACACCUUCAGCUCAGGAAACUAGUGAUGAUUAAAAGUAUUAAUAAUGAUCUAUAUUUAAGUGAAAUGAAUUCUCAAUGUUAUUAUUAAUCUUAGAAUCAAAAGUAAUAUAAGAACUAAAGAUAAAAGAAAAUUUUAGAAAAUUAAAGUAUUAUUGAUUUUUAAUAAACAAAUAUAUCUUAAGCAUUUGUAGAAAAUUCAUAAAAUGCUACUGAUGACGAUUUUGUUGAAUUUACUCAAUCACUAACUUAAAAUAUUUUACAAACUGUAUACCAAUCUUUAAUGGAUGAUUAUGUAUAUAAAGAAGAUGUAAUAAGAGAGAAGAAAAAGAAUAAGAAAAAAUAGAAAACUGUUUGGAGAUCUAUUCCAGACAGUAGAGAUGAAUAAAUGUAAUUUUAAUCUCCAGAAUCUGAAAUUACUAGAUUCUCUGUAGAAACUUAAGCUUAAACUAUUAAAAGUCUAUGUUCAAAUAGAACAGCUUCAACAUCAGAGGAAGAGAAAAAACAAAGAUUGAAAACAAAAAAAACAGCAUCUUAAUUUGAGUAAUAGGAAAAUGAAUCUGUUUUAUAUUCUGAUUAAAAAUAAGAUGGUUAUUUAAAAGAAUAAAUUGAAAAUAUUUAAUAAAGAGGAUAAUAUAAAUUAAUUUAAUAGAUUAGUAAUGAUAUUAUAGAAUUCACUGAUAAAAUUAUAAAUGAUUAUGAUGAAAUGUUACCUUUUAGACUUUUGACUUUUGAUAGAAUUAAAUUAUUAAUCUAGAAAGUGUUUUAUGGAAUACCUGAUGAUAUGAUAUAGUAAGAAUAUAAUUACUAUUAAGAUUAUUUGGAUCUUGUGCUACUGGAUUAGCCUUAAUUGAUUCAGAUAUUGAUAUUGGAAUUAGUGGAUUCUAAUCUAUAAAUAGAAAUGUUAAUAAGGCACUUUUUGAUAGCUUAUUUUUUGAAUUCUCAAAAAGAAAAUGGGUUAUAAAAUCAAAGUAUAAUAUAUUAACUAAUUAUAGUCCCAUUUUUAAUUCAGUUGUUCCAGUAAUUAAACUUGAAAUAGAUCCUUAAAUAUCUUAAACAGAAUUUGAAGGAAAAAAUUUAAUGGAAACAGACAUUCAUAAGUGGAAAAAACUUAAAUAAAAGAUAAAAGGUUGCAUAAAAGUUGAUAUCUCAUUCAAUUUUAGUGGAAGUACAUAUGAUUCUCCACAUUCUGGUUUUAUGACUACAAAUUUAGUAAAACAAUGGAUGAAAGAAUAUCCAACUAUUUAAUAAUUAGUUUUGAUUUUAAAGAGCAUGAUAAAAAAGCUUGGAUUAUCAGAAUCAUAUACUGGUAUAUUAAAUAUAUUUAUUAUAUAGGUGGUCUCUCUUCUUAUUCUUUAAUUAUUAUGGUUUAUUCUUAUCUAAGAGAGAAUAGAGUAUCCUAAAAUUAAAUAGGAGAAUAAUUUAUUGAAUUGAUGAAAUAUUUUAUUUAUGAAUUUAAUUCCUAAACAACUGGAAUUGGACUUUUAGCUGAUAUAAAAAAUCAAUUUUCUAGGUAUAAUUAUUAAAUAUUUAUUUAAGUUACUUUUUUAAUUUAUAAGAUUAUUGUUUACCAUAAUUACCAAUAACUAUUUUUAAUCCUUUGAAUAGAAAACUUUUAACUAGUUCUUGUGUUCAUAUUGAUAAAAUAUUUGAUUUUUUUAAAUUGACUUUAAAUUUACUUGAACAAAAAAAAGAAUUUUAUUGCAACUAUGUAAUUUUAGGUAAAAAAAAAUAAUAAAAACUAAAUAAAACAUUGGGAAAUUUUAUCACUAAUUUAUUAGAAUAAAUAAAAUGA